GCUGUUUGCUGCUAAGUGCAGUGGCUGCAUGGAAAAGAUCGCCCCAACAGAGUUCGUGAUGAGAGCCCUGGAGUGUGUUUACCACUUAAGCUGCUUCUGCUGCUGCGUCUGUGAACGACAGCUGAGGAAAGGGGACGAGUUUGUUCUUAAGGAAGGGCAGUUGCUCUGCAAAAGUGACUAUGAAAAAGAGAAAGACUUGUUGAGCUCGGUCAGCCCAGACGACUCAGACUCAGUUAAAAGUGAUGAUGAAGAUGGAGACGUUAAGCCCACCAAAGGACAAGUAACCCAAGGAAAAGGAAGUGAUGAUGGGAAGGACCCAAGAAGACCUAAACGACCGAGGACAAUACUUACUACGCAGCAGAGACGAGCAUUCAAAGCAUCCUUUGAAGUGUCUUCCAAGCCCUGUAGGAAGGUCAGAGAAACACUAGCAGCCGAAACAGGACUCAGUGUGCGAGUUGUCCAGGUCUGGUUUCAAAACCAAAGAGCAAAGAUGAAAAAACUAGCGCGAAGGCAUCAGCAGCAGCAGGAGCAGCAAAACUCGCAGCGACUAGGGCAAGAAGUAAUGUCCAACCGAAUGGAAGGGAUGAUGACAUCUUACACACCACUUGCACCACCACAGCAGCAGAUUGUAGCAAUGGAUCAAAGCAGUUAUGGCACAGACCCAUUUCAGCAGGGUCUUACCCCUCCACAAAUGCCAGGCGACCACAUGAACCCUUAUGGAAACGACUCCAUUUUUCAUGAUAUCGACAGUGAUACCUCUUUAACUAGCUUGAGCGACUGUUUUCUUGCCUCUUCCGAAGUUAACUCCAUGCAGGCUAGGGUAGGAAAUCCCAUUGACAGGCUGUACUCUAUGCAGAGCUCCUAUUUCGCCUCAUGAAAAUAAAAGAAAACAAACAGCCGGCGUAUAUUUAGCCAGUGACUUUUUCCAGUGCAGACUCUACAGCCAUAUGUUGCCCAGCUCUUCCUUCACAGUGACUCCUGCUGCCUCUGGACUGCAAAGAGCAUUUUUAGGAAGACUGUAUCUGUGUGCAUAUAUGUGUAUGUAUGUAUAUAUAUAUUAAUACCUACCUACAUACAUACAUAUAUAUAUAUAAACAAAACGCAUCCACCAGUCCCAUCCCCUUGAUUCCCAGCUUGCACCAGACCACGAGACAAGCACGGAAGGAACAGAAGACCCUGCUCGUCAGAAGCCUUUGGUUUGGUUUGAGCUCAUCGUUGUACAGGAAAUGGAUUUUGCGGAAAGCUAGACCUUUUCCUCCUUUCUCU